AUGAAUGUGGGUCAUCGUGAGGAUGGACAGCUUCAGAGUGCACCCCGAGAUAUAAAUGUCAGCGAAAUGUGGAGUGACGUGGUUCACCGGGCGGUCAGCGACGGUCCCGUGACCGGCGACCUGAGGACAGUGCGCAACCUGACGGCCGUGGAGAAGAGCUGCCAGGUGGCUCCUUAUUUCGGCACAGUCCAGAGAGACGUGCAGCCAUACAUGCGGAGGAUACUUGCAGUAUGGAUGUUUCAGGUGUGUGAGGAGCAGAAGUGUGAGGAGGAGGUGUUUCCGCUGGCGGUGCAUUACCUGGACUGUUACCUGAGCCGUCACCCCAUUGAAAAGUCCCACCUGCAGCUUUUGGGAUGUGUUUGUAUGUUCCUGGCCUCCAAAAUGAGAGAGACUGUGCCCCUGACUCCCAUCAAGCUAUGUAUCUACACAGACAACUCCAUCUCAGUGUCAGACCUCCUGCAGUGGGAGGUAGCAGUGGUGUCCAGGUUAGACUGGUGUCUGGCGUCUGUGGUACCCUCUGACUUCCUGGAGCCAAUUCUCCACACUCUCCCCUUUCUUCAGCCCCACCACUUUCCAAACAUGCGCAGGCAUGUUCACUCCUACAUCGCUCUGGCAGCCACUGACUGCAGGUUUUCAGUGUUCUUGCCCUCCACUGUUGUGUGUGCCUGUGUGAGCCUCGCCAUGCAGAGGCUAAAGUUAGUGGAUGCUGUCGUCUCCUCUGAUUUGGUGAUGACGUUUUUGGCUAACCUUUUGGUCAUUGAUCUGAGCUCCGUCCACCUCUGCUUUGAGCAGCUAGAGAAUGAGCUGGAGCUCAGCCUGCCCUCUUGUUUCAAGACUAAUGUUUGCACAUCAGGAGCACACAGCUCAGAGAUCAGCUACACCCCUGCUGACUUUCAGGAUGCUGUAUUGACACCAGUGACAUCACCCCUGGAAGUUAAGCUAAAAUACUCCUCCCUGGCGUGA